UUUUUCUUUUCCUUUUUGGCGUAAACAGAAAGAGAUUUAUUUUUCAAAAAAAAAAAAUUGAAAUCCUUGAAAAGAGCUUUUGUUUGGUUGUGGUUUAUCAUCUUCUUCUCCAGCUCAAACAUUCAAUUACAACAACUGAACCGCCGUUUUCGAAGAAGAAACAGGUUUGGAAGUUACAAAGGAGGAGGAGAAGAGGAGAAGAUCUUUUGGUGUUAUUUAUCAUCCGAUCCGACUCACUGAGUCUCAUUUCCGUUUGACUCGGUCAUUUAUUGUUUUAAUGAGUUAAAGGAGAAAGAAGAUCGCUGUAUAGAAAUCGCCAUGGCAACAGCAGUUAAUAUUAUAGUAGGUUCUCAUGUCUGGGUUGAAGAUCCGAAGGUGGCAUGGAUAGACGGGGAAGUUUUUAAAAUAAAUGGUGAAGAAGUUCAUGUUCAUGCUUCAAAUGGGAAAACAGUUAUUGCAAAUAUCUCCAAAGUGUUUCCCAAGGAUACUGAAGCUCCUCCAGGAGGUGUGGAUGACAUGACAAAGCUGUCAUAUUUACACGAGCCAGGCGUUUUGCAUAACUUGGCUGCGAGAUAUGAACUUAAUGAAAUCUACACAUACACUGGAAAUAUACUGAUUGCUAUAAACCCAUUUCAAAGAUUACCGCAUCUAUAUGAUACUCACAUGAUGGAACAAUAUAAAGGUGCUGGAUUUGGAGAGCUAAGCCCUCAUGUUUUUGCAGUUGCAGAUGUUGCAUACAGGGCAAUGAUGAACGAGGGUAAAAGCAACUCGAUUCUAGUUAGUGGAGAAAGUGGUGCUGGUAAGACUGAGACAACAAAAAUGCUUAUGCGAUAUCUUGCAUACCUUGGAGGUCGGUCUGGGGUGGAAGGGCGAACUGUUGAACAACAAGUUCUGGAAUCCAAUCCAGUUCUUGAGGCAUUUGGCAAUGCCAAAACUGUCAGGAAUAACAAUUCGAGUCGUUUUGGUAAAUUUGUUGAGAUACAAUUUGACAAGAAUGGGAGGAUAUCCGGGGCAGCUGUACGAACUUAUUUGCUUGAGAGGUCUCGGGUUUGCCAAAUUUCAGAUCCUGAAAGAAAUUACCAUUGUUUUUACCUUCUCUGUGCUGCCCCUCUAGAGGAAAGAGCGAAGUAUAAGUUGGAAGACCCUAAAUCUUUCCAUUACUUGAACCAAUCCAACUGCUAUGCAUUGGAUGGAGUAGAUGAUGCUGAGGAAUAUAUUGCAACUAGAAGGGCAAUGGAUAUAGUUGGCAUCAGUGAAGAAGAGCAGGAGGCAAUAUUUAGGGUUGUAGCUGCAGUUCUACAUCUUGGAAACAUUGAAUUCGCAAAGGGAAAAGAGAUAGACUCUUCUGUUAUCAAGGAUGAGAGAUCUAGAUUCCAUCUUAAUACUACAGCGGAGCUGCUCAAGUGUGAUGCCAAGAGCUUAGAAGAUGCACUGAUUAAGCGUGUUAUGGUAACUCCAGAAGAGGUUAUCACAAGGACUCUGGACCCUGUUGGCGCAUUAGUUAGCAGGGAUGCCCUGGCUAAAACCAUUUAUUCCCGCUUGUUUGACUGGCUUGUGGAUAAAAUUAACAAUUCAAUUGGGCAGGAUCCAAACUCAAAACAACUAAUUGGUGUACUUGAUAUAUAUGGUUUUGAAAGUUUUAAGUUCAAUAGUUUUGAGCAGUUCUGUAUCAACUUUACAAACGAAAAACUGCAACAGCACUUCAACCAGCAUGUCUUUAAAAUGGAACAGGAAGAAUAUACAAAAGAAGAAAUAAACUGGAGCUACAUAGAAUUCGUGGAUAACCAAGAUGUCUUGGAUCUGAUUGAAAAGAAACCUGGGGGAAUUAUAGCACUUCUAGAUGAAGCCUGCAUGUUUCCUAAAUCAACGCAUGAAACUUUUGCUCAGAAAUUGUACCAGACAUUUAAAAACAAUAAGCGCUUCAUCAAACCUAAACUUUCUCGUACUAGUUUUACCAUCUCUCAUUAUGCAGGGGAGGUUACUUAUCUGGCGGAUCAAUUCCUUGACAAAAACAAAGAUUAUGUAGUGGCAGAACAUCAGGAUCUUCUGACGGCAUCGAAGUGCUUCUUUGUAGCUGGUCUCUUUCCUCCACUUCCAGAGGAAUCAUCAAAAUCCUCUAAAUUUUCUUCAAUAGGGUCACGCUUUAAGCUGCAACUCCAGUCUUUGAUGGAGACGUUGAAUUCGACUGAGCCCCACUAUAUUAGAUGCGUGAAGCCGAAUAAUGUUCUCAAGCCUAUGAUUUUUGAGAAUGCGAACAUUAUUCAGCAACUACGUUGUGGUGGUGUUCUUGAGGCAAUUAGAAUCAGCUGUGCUGGAUAUCCUACAAGAAGGACCUUCUAUGAGUUUCUUCUCCGUUUUGGUGUUCUUGCUCCAGAAGUUCUGGAAGGAAACCAUGAUGACAAGGUUGCAUGCCAAAUGAUUCUCGAUAAAAGGGGUUUGAACGGUUAUCAGAUAGGUAAGACAAAGGUCUUCCUAAGAGCUGGUCAGAUGGCUGAACUGGACGCAAGAAGGGCGGAGGUGCUUGGUAAUGCUGCUAGAACUAUUCAAAGACAAAGCCGCACAUAUAUUGCACGGAAGGAGUUCAUUGCAUUACGGAAAUCUGCUGUUCAUUUGCAAUCUCAUUGCAGAGGUGUAUUGGCUCGCAAACUAUUUGAGCAGUUGCGACGUCAAGCAGCAGCUUUGAAGAUUCAGAAGAAUUUCAGACGAUAUACUGCCAGGAAAUCCUACUUGACUCUACAUUCAUCUGCAGUUACGUUGCAGACAGGCUUAAGGGCGAUGACUGCUCGUGAUGAAUUCAGAUUUAGAAAGCAAACUAAAGCUGCAAUUGCUAUCCAGGCACAAGUGCGUUGCCACAUAGCAUAUUCUUAUUACAAGAGGCUUCAGAAGGCUGCACUAGUUUCUCAAUGUGGCUGGAGGCAAAGGGUUGCUCGGAGAGAGCUGAGAAAGCUUAAAAUGGCUGCCAGAGAAACAGGUGCCCUUAAAGAGGCAAAAGACAAAUUAGAAAAGCGUGUGGAAGAGCUUACAUGGCGCUUACAGUUAGAGAAGAGAUUGAGAACUGAUUUGGAAGAGGAAAAGGCCCAAGAAAUUUCCAAAUUACAGGAUGCUCUGCAUGCAAUGCAAAUGCAAGUAGAAGAAGCAAACGCCAGAGUGAUCAAAGAACAAGAGGCAGCUCGAAAAGCUAUUGAAGAUGCACCUCCAGUCAUUAAGGAGACCCCUGUUAUUGUUCAAGACACAGAAAAGGUUGAAAAAUUAAUGGCCGAGGUGGAGAGUUUGAAGGCUUUGCUGCUAUCAGAAAAACAGGCAGCAGAACAGGCAAGGAAAGCUUGUGCAGAUGCUGAGGCCAGAAACUCUGAACUGGGCAGGAAACUUGAAGAUGCAGCACAGAAGGCAGAUCAGCUUCAGGAAUCAGUUCAAAGGUUAGAGGAGAAACUUUCCAAUUCAGAGUCUGAGAACCAAGUUCUUCGUCAACAAGCACUGACCAUGUCACCGACAGGGAAAUCCCUGUCUGCACGGCCAAAAACAAUAAUUAUACAGAGGACUCCUGAGAAUGGAAAUGUUGCAAAUGGAGAAAUGAAGGUGGCAUCAGAUAUGAUAGUUGCUACACCAAAUGCACGUGAACCUGAGUCUGAGGAAAAACCACAGAAAUCUCUCAAUGAAAAGCAGCAGGAGAACCAGGAUCUGCUGGUCAAGUGUAUAUCACAAAACUUGGGAUUUUCUGGGGGCAAACCUGUCGCUGCUUGCAUUGUGUACAAAUGUCUUCUUCACUGGAGAUCAUUUGAAGUUGAAAGAACUAGUGUGUUUGAUCGUAUUAUUCAAACAAUAGCUUCAGCCAUAGAGGUCCCGGACAACAAUGAUGUCUUGGCCUAUUGGUUAUCUAAUUCAUCUGCAUUAUUGCUUCUGCUCCAACAUACCCUCAAGGCAAGUGGAGCGGCCAGCUUAACACCACAGCGGCGAAGGACAACAUCAGCUUCUCUUUUUGGGAGGAUGUCUCAAGGGCUUCGGGCAUCUCCUCAAAGUGCUGGUCUCUCAUUUCUUAAUGGUCGAGCACUUAGUAGACUGGAUGAUUUACGACAGGUUGAGGCCAAGUAUCCAGCAUUACUGUUUAAGCAACAGCUUACUGCCUUCCUUGAGAAGAUAUAUGGCAUGAUAAGGGACAAUUUGAAGAAGGAGAUCUCUCCUUUGCUUGGAUUGUGUAUUCAGGCACCAAGAACUUCCCGGGCAAGUUUGGUAAAAGGGCGCUCUCAGGCUAAUGCUGUUGCUCAGCAAGCUUUAAUUGCUCAUUGGCAAAGCAUAGUGAAAAGCUUAAACAGUUAUCUGAAGAUAAUGAAGGCGAAUUAUGUACCUCCCUUCUUAGUCCGUAAAGUGUUUACUCAAAUAUUCUCAUUCAUUAAUGUCCAGCUAUUCAAUAGUCUUCUUUUGCGGCGUGAGUGUUGCUCAUUCAGUAAUGGAGAAUAUGUGAAAGCUGGUUUGGCUGAACUAGAGCAGUGGUGCUACGAAGCAACUGAGGAGUUUGCAGGUUCGGCCUGGGAUGAACUGAAGCAUAUAAGACAGGCUGUUGGAUUCCUUGUCAUACAUCAAAAGCCUAAGAAGACCUUGAGUGAAAUCACAAAGGAACUUUGCCCAGUACUGAGCAUACAGCAACUGUAUAGGAUCAGUACAAUGUACUGGGAUGACAAAUACGGCACACACAGUGUGUCUUCAGAUGUUAUAAGCAGCAUGAGAGUUAUGAUGACCGAGGACUCGAACAAUGCUGUCAGCAGUUCUUUUCUGUUAGAUGAUGACUCCAGCAUCCCAUUCACCGUGGAUGACAUCUCCAAGUCAAUGAAGCAAGUAGACAUUGCUGAGAUUGAUCCUCCACCAUUAAUUCGUGAAAACUCUGGCUUUGGUUUCCUACUUCCACGCUCCGAGUGAUAUACAUCAUCCCUUGCUGUUUAGAAUCUUGUCCUUGUGGGUGUCCAUAGGGAUGCCCUAUGCAAGAAAGUGCUAAGAACUGUGCAUAUAACCUGAAUUGGCCAUCACCAACCAUGUGUAUAAUAUUUUUGCACUAGUCUAAAGGCUGCCAUACUUGGUGUCCAAGCCGAUCACUCUUACCCUUGCGUUACAUAAACAAAAGGGGGUAUUUGUUCAGAUGCCAUAUCACAGUUAAAUGUGAUAUUUGCAAUUAUUCGAGGCAAUGGCGCCUCGAAUUUUUCUUAUGCCUACAACAGGUUUAGUUCAUAUUUUUUUAUUUAUUUUAUUUAUUUUUUUAGCCAGGGCUGUUCCAUAUAUUUGUUGGGUUUUGGGGUGCUGUAGUGGUUCUUCUGUUUUCUUUUUUGUUUUUGGAUGUAAAUGACGUCUGCCGCAUUUUAUAGGCGAUUGUUUGUAUGAGAAAACAAAGUUGUAUGUAGUCUCAGUUUUUUUACCGAUGUCUCAGAUACAUAUACAAUGGUUCUCUUGAAAUAUCUAAAGCAAUUAUGUUACGGGGUAA